AUGGCAUCGAUUGUUGAUAAAGUUACUGAGCAAGCUGAGAAACUCGGUCUCUCAUCUGAGAGCAAACCCAAAGUCUACGUGGAUGAGACUACAGGGUCUGACGACAAAGGGGAUGGCUCUGAGGCAUCUCCCUACGUAACUCCGGUUGCUGCACUGGGUGGGCCCCAAGGCACCGAGGUCGCCAUCUUCAUCCGCAAAGGACCAUCGGACGAGUAUGCACCUAUCAGCGGGGCCGCACUCAAACGGGCCAAGAAGGGACUCGAGCAGCAAAAAGAGAAAGCAAAGAAAGCAGAAGCGGCGGCUGCAAAGAGGCACAGAACGCCAACCGUUUCUGGUUGGGUUCAUCGGUUAAGGCAGCAGAAGGGGCUUACCUUCAUCGUCCUGAGAGAUGGAACCGGUUACCUGCAAUGUGUUCUCAGUGGCCAGCUAUCCCAAACCUAUGAUGCCCUCGUACUGAUGACCGAAUCUACAGUCAGAAUCGUUGGUACACUCACGGAGGUACCUGAGGGAAAGACAGCACCCGGUGGACAUGAGCUAGCCGCUGACUACUGGCAAUUGCUAGGAGCUGCCCCUGGAGGAGCCGAAGCGUACUCCACUAAAUUCAACGAAGAAACCGAGGGAGCAGUGCUGUACGACAAUCGCCAUUUGCUCCUUCGUGGAGAGACAGCCUCCGCUGUCUUGCGAGUUCGAUCGGGUGUCUCUCGGCUUUCAGGCACACUUAUGCCAAACACUCUUUGGUCGAAGUUACUCCUCCGUGUCUGGUCCAAACUCAAGUAG